AUGGAUGUGGAUGAAGAUGAUAUAGACACUUGCCAAAUUGGUAAAUAUGAGCAGGGUUAUUUCAUGCCUAGAUUCUCUGAUUCCAUGGAGCUUCAAGGACCAUCUCCCAGUUCACCAUACGACCCAACACAGUUCAUGAACGGGAAAGACCCUGAAACAACUGUGGUCGAGUUAGCAAAUCUCCUCAAGAAAACCGUCGAUGAGAGAAAUGCUUCCCGGAGAUGCCUUUUGCAGACACUGAAAACAAUAACCGAUCUCAAAUCCCACAUUGAAGAGCACCGGUUCAUAAUUAUGGAAAGUCAAGCAGCCCUCGCUGAAUGCACGCGCAAAAAUAGCAGCUAUCUUUCGUUUCUCAUGGCCGUUGAGCCAAGAUGGAUACAGGAUACUUGGGUCUCCUUCCCCGCCAACGAGCCGCUGCUGGGGGUGUCUGAAUACAAAUGGGCCCGAGGGGAAUCGCAGCAUGCGUUGAAUGAACUUUGUCUCCUGAGAAAGCGUCUAGACCCAGUUGGGGCUGAUUGGAUACAAACUUUCCUUCUCGAAGGCGCUAUAUUACUUUCCUCGGGCCAAUAUACAGAAGCCCGGUUUUCUAUCUCUGAUGUUAUCUUACCUCACCCCACCCUAGAGGAGCAGAAUCCCGAUGUAAUCCGUGAUCUUCGUGAUAUUGCUCACUUCUUACUCGGAAAGAUAUUUAUGGCGGAAGGGAAAUGGAGCGAGGCGCGUGGGGAGUUCUCUGAGGUCAUCCAUGUCCUUGAAUACAGCACCAGAGCGAUUCAGCUGAAGACUAUCUCACGCCAGAAAUCAAACCACAAGAGAAAACCGCGUUCUCUAUCAGCCUCUGCUCCCCGGGAUGAGGAGUCGACUCGCCUUGUCAUCGACUAGCACUUUACUUACCUAUAUCCAAGCUUCUGCAAGAAGCCUGAUGCUGCUAUCGAUGUGCUGGUAUCUGUGGAGGGACUACUUAAAUAUUCCUUUUCUCAUCAUAUUAUCACAUCUGGAGAGUUUCAGGUGGCAUAGUGACAAGUAUGUCUAAUGUCAAAAAAGAUGACACCCAACUACUAGAUCAAUUACAUCUUAGGGACUAAUCCUUCAAGUAGUAGGACAUCCUGAAAUAAUUCUACUGUAAACAACCUUCAGGGGGAUGGCGAUGAUACACAGACGUGCUGGCAAAGUCGCAACGCCAAUCUAACGUCAAUGUAACAACAUCUCAAGAUCUUUGCUACCAAACCUGCAUCAACAACCGCGCAAAUGCCCGAGUUACCCCAGGGGUAUGCGUUGAAUCUAUGGAGUACUCUGUAACUACUUUCAACUCCAUCUACGAGCGUGUAAACAAUCUCGUCGUCCUGGAGCGGAGCAUUCUCGAGAUGAGUUUGACGUCUUCCCUCUCCUGCGUCCCAUAUCUUCGCCCCCAUAAAAAUAGGAAUAUCACCUUGAUUUAUUACGUUCUAAUUAUCUCUGUAGGCAUCUUAAAAACUCCACUUAUUCGCUGCAUAAAUAAGGGUGAUCAUAUAAACAGCUCUUCGGUGAUAUCCAAUAUCGAAUGCCCCUCGAACCGCUUCCACAGCAUUUCCCCUUAUAUAACGCCAACUACCCCUGGGGCCCGGUUUCUAUGAUUAGUUACUUAGUUAACAUCGGGGACGUAGCUUGAAAGGCUGAGACAAAGACGACGCCAUCCGCCUAUUCUUCAUCAGCGUCAAAAGUAUCACCUCUCAGCCGUACCUGAGAUGACGAGUGCAAAGCCAACGCGUUACACAUCGAAUCCAUCGGUUUCGCGCCAAUCGAGCGAGCCGCGGUUGAAACAUUCUAGAAGUCAGCUCUCCAGACUCCACCCUCCCGAAGGCCAAUCUCGUUCUUACGAAGUAAAAUUAUUUAUAUUCCGACCAAUCGCGGCCCCAGCCGUGGC